AUGGCUCGUACAAAGCAGACAGCUCGCAAAUCUACCGGUGGCAAGGCGCCGCGGAAACAGCUGGCCACCAAGGCAGCCCGCAAGAGCGCGCCGGCCACCGGAGGCGUAAAGAAGCCUCAUCGCUACCGGCCAGGCACAGUAGCCCUAAGAGAGAUCCGGCGCUACCAGAAGUCCACCGAGCUGCUGAUCCGCAAGCUGCCGUUCCAGAGGCUGGUGCGCGAGAUCGCUCAGGACUUCAAGACCGAUCUGCGCUUUCAGAGCUCGGCUGUGAUGGCACUGCAGGAGGCGUGCGAGGCCUACCUGGUGGGGCUCUUCGAGGACACCAACCUGUGCGCCAUCCACGCCAAGCGCGUCACUAUCAUGCCCAAGGACAUCCAGCUGGCCCGCCGCAUCCGCGGCGAGAGACCUAGACUUAGGCAAGACUCCACCUUGCCCGAGAAACUUGUUGAGCUCCUUGUUGAGAAUGGCCAGCAGCUGCAGAUGGCGCGGAGUGAUGAGCAUCUUGUUGCGCGCCGCGUUGCCCGCCAGCUCCAGGAUCUCGGUGGUCAGACUCUUAUCUACACUUACUACUGCAAGUGUUUAUAUGAAAAUAUUAACUUUACUGGUGUAGUGCACCCUGAUUCUUCCAGUAUGUCUGGUCGCGGCAAAGGCGGGAAGGGCCUAGGCAAAGGCGGCGCCAAGCGCCACCGUAAGGUGCUCCGCGACAACAUCCAGGGUAUUACUAAGCCUGCCAUCCGGCGCUUGGCUCGGCGUGGUGGCGUCAAGCGUAUUUCCGGCCUCAUCUAUGAGGAGACGCGUGGUGUGCUCAAGGUCUUCCUGGAGAAUGUGAUCCGUGAUGCUGUUACCUACACGGAGCACGCCAAGCGCAAGACAGUCACGGCUAUGGAUGUGGUUUAUGCGCUCAAGCGGCAAGGACGCACCCUCUACGGCUUCGGCGGCUGA